AUUACCGCUUCCACCUGAAACCGACGGGGAGAACACAAGAUGCGUGUGGAUUUAUUUUGGGUUUGUUUGUGGUGCCUCCUUCGCCCCGGUGCCGCCGGUCAAGGACAGUCGACGGCCGUUUGCUCGCCCUCCUGCAGCUGCGAUGGAGAUGGGGGUGCGGACUGCUCCGGGAGGGGGCUGACCACCGUCCCGUCCGGGCUCAGCACUUUCACUUACUACCUUGACCUGAGCAUGAACAACAUCACCGAGCUUCCAGCAUAUGUAUUCAAAAACUUCCCCUAUCUGGAGGAACUGCGACUUGCAGGGAAUGACCUGUCAUUCAUCCACCCCGAAGCCCUGUCUGGACUCCAUCAGCUUAAAGUCCUGAUGCUGCAGAAUAACCAGCUGAAAACAGUUCCCAGUGCAGCGCUCAACAACCUUCACUCUCUCCAGUCUCUGCGCCUGGAUGCAAACCAUAUAACAAUGGUUCCUGACAACAGCUUUGAAGGCUUGCAGCAGCUGCGCCAUCUGUGGCUGGACGAUAACAACCUGACAGAAGUCCCCGUUGGAUGUCUGAGACACCAGGCGAACCUUCAGGCGCUGACGCUCGCUCUCAACCGCAUCCUGUACAUACCAGACAACGCCUUCGCAAACCUCACCAGCCUGGUCGUGCUACAUCUCCAUAACAACAGAAUCAAGGAGAUCGGAGACAAUUGUUUCGCUGGACUGGUGAACCUGGAGACACUAGAUCUUAACUUCAACAACCUGAUGGUUUUUCCCAAAGCGAUCGAGGCCCUGCCCAAACUGAAGGAACUUGGCUUUCACAGCAACGGUAUUGCUUCCAUACCGGAAGGAGCUUUCCAUAACAACCCCCUGCUGCGAACCAUACACCUCUAUGACAACCCUCUGUCGUUCGUCGGUGCCUCGGCCUUCCAGAACCUGUCGGACCUGCACUCCCUGAUGUUACGAGGGGCCAGUAUGAUGCAGGACUUCCCCAUCCUCACCCUGACCAAUAAUCUGGAGAGUCUGACCCUGUCAGGAACAAAGAUCUCCUCCAUACCUGCUGAUCUGUGUGAGGACCUCAAGUUACUGCGGACGCUAGAUCUGUCCUACAAUGAGAUCCAGCGGCUGCCUUCUCUUCAGGGCUGCGUGCGGCUGCAGGAGAUAAGCUUUCAGAACAACCACAUUAACAUUGACAGGGACACUUUCCAAGGCCUCUCCGCUCUGCGUUUACUAGACUUGAGUAUAAAUGAAAUCGACGUCAUCCACCGAGACGCGUUUCUCAGCCUCACCGCGCUCACCAACCUAGAUUUGAGUAAAAACUCCCUGACUGUAAUUCCCACAUCUGGACUGAGCUCCCUCAGUCAGCUGAAACUCUCACAAAACCCACAGAUGAAAAAUGUGCUGACUGCGAAGAACCUCCCCAAACUCAGGUCCAUUUCUGUCCCGUACGCCUACCAGUGCUGCGCAUUCGUGGGCUGCGACUCAGUGACGAGUUCCUCUGAGGACAGCGACAUAAAGAAAUCCACAGGUGGCGAGGACGUGGAGAGAAUCUCGAUGAUCAUGCAUUGCUCUCCGUCCCCGGGAGCCUUUAAGCCGUGCGAGCACCUCCUGGGGAACUGGAUGAUCCGCCUGACCGUCUGGUUCAUCUGCCUGGUGUCGCUGGUCUUCAACGGCCUGGUGCUGGUCGUCACCUUCUCCCCGUCGCAGCGGGGUCCGGCCCCCCACGCCUCGCCCCCGGCCCUGUCCCCCCGCCUGCUGAUGGGGCUGCUGGCCGCGGCCAACCUGCUGACCGGCCUGUACGUGGGCGUGCUGACGGUGCUCGACAUCGCCACGUGGGGCUCCUUCGCCGAGUUCGGCGUGUGGUGGGAGAUGGGCGCCGGCUGCCGGGUCACGGGGGCCCUGGCCGUCUUCUCGUCCGAGUGGUCCGUGCUGCUGCUGUCGCUGGCGGCCGUGGAGCGCAGCGUGGCCGUGCGCAUGAUUCUGGGGAAGGUGAUGUCGCCCAGGAGCGGCGGCACCCACCGCGGGUGCCUGAGGGGGGACCGCCGUUUCAGCUUGGCGGCGGGGCUGCUGGGGCUGCUGGCCGCCGCGGGCGGCCUCACCCUGCUGACCUUCGGCCGGCACUCCUCGUCCCCCCUCUGCCUGCCCUUCGCCGGAGGCGAGAGCCCGGCGCUGAGCGUCACCGUCGUCCUGGUGCUGCUCAACGCGCUGGCCUACCUGUUCACCGCCGCCGUCUACACGCAGCUGUACUGCCACCUGGGCCUGGAGCUGGCCGACCCCGAGCAGACCGGCGCCCUGCGGCACGUCGCCUGGCUCAUCUUCACCAACUGCAUCUUCUUCUGCCCGGUGGCGGCGUUCUCCUUCGCCCCGCUGCCCGGCUCCACCGCCGGAGGCCCCGAGAUCGCCAAGUCGGUGACGCUGAUCUUCUUCCC